AGGAGAUACAGGAUUUGACAUGGAAAAGUUCCACAGUGAAGAAUACCAACGAACAUUUCAGUAUCUUACGCAGUUUGAAAACGGCUCAAACUUAGACAAAUUUUCCUUUAUAUACAAACCUUCUGUCAUCAUUGGUGAGGACGACUUGAAGGCAUCAGUUGAAGCUUUGAAGAUUAUAAUCAAGUAAGGUUGAUUAAGAAUUAGGAGUUGAUAACAAAAAAGCAUAGACGUUAUAUUGUAAUUGGAAAUUUGUCCAUUCAGUUGUUGUCACACGAUUUCCCUCAAAUUUGUAUAGCUUAUAUACAUGUACAUGAAGCCACAAAUAAUUUGGAGUCAGUUAAUAUUGUGCUAUAAUUGUUUAAUAGUUUCUUUUGUUUUGAAUCGAUGAGGUAUAUAUUUUUAGUAUUUGUUUUACAGUUUUGAAACUAGUAUUCAAAAAGCACUAAAAUCUUGUGCUAUUUUCAAGCUUAGAUUAUUAAAAUAACUGCUAAAUCAGUGCUAUUCUGUCACCAAAGGUUUUUGAGUCUGUACAUAAUGGUGUUAAAAUAGUACUCAAAAAGGUGUUAUUUUGUACAUUUUUAUUUAACACCACUUUUAACAAACAGUGAAAGAUAAUAGUGUUUAUAAUCUAAUCAUUCACCGUAUAUGAGCUGUUCUGCAAUCUGAUUGGUUGAAUUACUCGCCGUAUAUCAGCUCGUAUACGGCGAGUAGCGAAAAACAAGAUGGGGGUACAAAAACUGCAUGAGUUUUGCGAACCGGAAAAAAGGAAAAUACUCGCUUUGGAAAGAUAAUAGUACAAGGAAAAACUCUCAAAAAAAUUUGACAGGUUAGCGAAAUACAUUUAUUACAUAGAAUUUUUUUUUAAUUUAGAAGUUUUUUUAAAGAAUUAAUACCGAAACAACAGCGAAAAAAACAUGUUCAUUGAGAAUAUAAAUUGUUCAGAAAAGUUUGCAACGAAAGACAAAUGAAUUUGCAGUGAACAAGCACUUACUGUAUAAUAUAUCUGAGCUUUACUGUGAGAUAUACCGGUUUUAAAACCAUUUCUUUCACUUCGUCUUGGAGUUGUAAAACAAAAGUAUUUCAAAUUUACAAGGCCAAGCGGUUUUUGGCCGAACAAAUUGUCACUAGACAUUGUAACAGAGGAUAAUUAAUUAUUGCUUCAGUUAAUGGCUAUUGGACUAUAUUAUAAAACAAUUAUACCAUUCGCUCUCGUCGUAUAUGGCUGAUAGCCGACUCGGUACUACGCGCCUUGUCAGCUAUCAGCUCAUAUACGACUCGAGCUCAUGGUAUAUAAUUGUUAAAUAUAAAGCCGUUUUAAUUUUUCUCCGGAUAAGUUUUCUUUGCAGUAGUAGGUUAAUUACUGCCAUAAGUAAGUAAAUGUGUGUAAUAAUAAUAUAGGUGUAAAUGCAUCAGAACUCAUAUACAAUCUGGCAAAACAUGUUUUAGAUACUGUGGAAUCCGUGAUUCAUCUUGGGCAGAACUUCAUCAUUUUGUAAACUUUUUGAACAUCCAGCUGCGUGACUGUGAAGAAAGCGUUUUCUGUGACCCAGUAUUGGUUGGUGAUCUCUUGCAAGGCUUUAGGACAUUUGCCGUUCGUUUUAUGAUUCAGAUGUCUCGUGUAAGUUUCUCAAUUAACAACAACAAUAACAAUAAGUAUAGGUAAUAGCAUGGUUUCGAGUGCAAUUUGGAUAUAAUAUGCACGACUGAGUUUUUCAAAUGCCUUUAAAAAUGUUCGAGACAAUUGUAGUUUUAACUUUAAUACGUUUAUAGCGAACAUUCCACUGGCAAAGUUUUCCUGGCUUUGUUAUAUCACAUUAUACAACGCUAACAGCUUGAAAAUUCCACUCAACAGUGUAAGUUUUGUUAGUCUUGUUUAAGGCAAAGGCUUUUCCAUUUAAAAAUAAAGAUAAAAGCCAUAUUUUCCACGCGAAGUCAACUUUUACUUUAUGUAGCGCGGCACCAUGUUUGUUUUGUUUUGAAGCAAUCUGUGACCGUUAAACUAAACUGCUUUAAACUGAUUGGUAGAUUUUACCAUCACAAUAUUUUUCCACUUUUGGAAAAUAUUUUUCCACUUUUGCACUGUGAUUACAGAACAUUGCACUGUGAUUACAGAACAUUGCACUGUGAUUAGGCCUACAAAAAAUUGCACUGUGAUUACAGAAAAUUGCACUGCCUGUUUGGGAUUAACUGCACUGAAAUCAACCAAUCACAGUCAAGUAAUAUUUUUAUGUAUAUUAUUACAGCAGUAACAACCAUAAUCCCAUAAUCAUAAAUAAUAAUAAUAAUAAUAAUAAUAAUAAUUAUUAUUAUAAAAAUCAUGAUAACAAUGGAAAUCAUGAUAUUCGUAUGCUUUCUUGACCGUUUCAACGAGAUUUUUUCUCCUUGAUUUAUUUGAAUAAAAAUAUUGUUGAAAAUUUUCAAAUGUUGUCAAAAUGUAUUUACAUAAUUUAUAAAAAACAUUAAAUAAGGUUUAAAAGUACUAUCCAAUUGAAUGUUUAAGAAUUUGGUUAUUUUGGCUCAAAUAUGCUGGAAGUCAUAUGCUGGGAUUUAAUGUUUAUCUUUAAAUUUAACCCAAAUACUUAUCGAUUCUUUUUAAGGUCAGAUAAUACCUUAUUAAAUUAAACAAACGUUUAAAACUAAAUUGCGUGUAUUACACACCACUAACAGCAUUCGAAAAGAAUGUUGACGUCAGCAAUAAUAUUCUAAUUUUUGUAACUGAACGAAACGACUCAAUCAUUUUGGUGCAGAUUUGUAGUAACGAUAUUAUUAUAGUAAGGGUCUAUUAGUGAUGUUAGUGUACUUUUAAAGAUUUAAAACAUUUUGUUUGCAGUAUUGUUCUCUUGCUUGGACCGUUGCCAACUCUUUCUCGUGUUCCAAUGUUUCCAUUUCAAUCUUUAAAGUUUUUCUUUUAUCGAGCAUGCAUCAAAGCCUUUUCCUUAAUUUCAACUGUUCUUGCCCUUUCUUAGCCAGUGCAGAACGAACAGAACUGUUCGUCAAGUUCGAAAUGUUCGCGUUUGGCUACACAAACGUUUUUGUUAGUUUGAUAUUUUUCAUCAUGGCCUCGUUAAUAGUUCAUAAAUAGUCAAUAUUGUGAUCCAAAUAAUAUUUUAGAAUAUAUUAUAGAUAGUAUGUUCUCGUCUUGUAGGAUUUUGCCACUAGAUCACUGAGUGACAAUAUCUUGGGCGUUGAAGAUGCAUCUAGACCAGAAGAAGAUGAUGAUUUAACUCCAUUUAAAAUACGAAGACGUUGGGAAUCAAGGUGCAUAAAACAAAAACGUCUUUUGCAAACGUACACAGAGUCCACAUUUCCUGAUUAUUUAUGAAGAAAUUAGAAAACUAUAUGCUUCCUUUCUUUUGUUUCAAACAUGAUCAAAUUUGAUGCAGUAAAUUUGAAACUUUAAUUUAAAAAAUUGAGUAAAUUUGCUUGUAAAUUUAGGAAUAAUCUUACUCAAAAUUUUGAGUCACAGUUGGUGCAUUAUUCUAUUUACAUUUUUAGUCAAAAUACUAAUUCUAUUUUUCCAGUGAUUUAAUGGCAAGCAGCGCUUCCCUUUCCAUACAUUUCUUGUUUCAAAAAAUAUAACGUAAAAAAAUUUUGGUGGAAUAUCACUGAUAUUUAUAAUAGUUAUGCUAAGCACAUGAUUUUUAGUAGUUUAUAAUAUUUCUAAUAAUAUUUAUAAUAAUUUAAAUAUUUCUACACUUUAUAAAUAAUUUCGCUAAAAAAUGCGACUGUACAGUUAAGAAUUUCUUGUUGAAUAAACGUUUACUCAGCGACUGUCUACUCAAAUUCCACUGGAUUUUGUUGUCAUGCAUGCAUGCUCUUGCAAUUUUUAAUUACAAUAACUUAUUGCGUAACUUAUUGGAGUAUUCAUAAUAAAUAUAUUGUUAUAUGGAUGCUUCAGUUUUAUAUAUAAAUCUCUUCAUUCUUUGCGCACUUACUGGUAUUUUAACAAAUGUUUCAUGUCUGAUCAUCUAAUCACCGUUUUUUCAUCUUUCGUGUGGAUCUCAAAAUCUUAUAAUAACAUUUUUUUCUUACAGUCCCCAUCCUUACAUCUUUUUCAAUCACGACCGUAACAGCAUGACUUUCUUGGGAUUUCUACUCAGCAAGAAGGGUGAUUUGCUUGAUCCUGGAACUAACAGUAUUUUAGAACAAAGGUUGAUGGAGCCUACGUUAAGAGAUCAACUUAAACAUCAGGGUGUCGAUUUUGAUGUAAACUACGAGAAACGUGACAGGUUGUAUAUAUAACGUGAUAUACUAGAAAUACAUGCAUGCAGCAACCCCUCGCCCUUAUUUUCCAAACAUUGAUUUAACAUGAAGUGUUAGUAUAAUUGAUCAACACUGAUGAACGCAGGCUCUCGUUUACGUCAGUGUUGCCAUGGCAACACGAUAAGAUAAUUUUAAUAUUUAUUAUACUUUUGCACAAUACGGCAAAAAUAGUUGAAUAAUUUCAUUUGCUCUCCUUUUAUACAUUUAUACAUUUUUUUCUUAAAUUAACAGGGUAAUUUAGGAAACUUAUAGCUUCUUUGAAAAGGAAAACAGCAGUGCAUGUUUUACGCAAUAAAUUAUUAAAGCAACAAAAUUCAUAAUCAUAAAACAUUAAACAUUCAAAGCAAACUUGCCCUAUAUUUCACGAUUUUCCAUAGUAAAUCAAUUCUUCUCAUUUUUUCAAACACAAAUUGCUUCAAAGCUCAUUGUGUGAAACGUGAUUUUCCAAAUAUAUGGUUUUGAAAAUUGAAAUCUUGCUUUAAUAUCCUCAGUGUGCUUAUUCCACUCCUGGCAAACAGCCAUAUUUUUUAGUUCAGUGAGGAGGGCCACCCUUGGAUCAUAGCCAUGCGCCCACGGUAUUUGAUGAACUUUAGACUUCGCUAAUGCGUUCCUUUCCCCGGGUGUAAAUAGCCGGGCGGAAUUAGUACCCUCGUCACGGGCUAACGCCCGGAACGGCGCUCGUUGGCUCGGGAAUAAACAUUUUUUGUUUCACUCAUGUAUAAGAAAAAAUAUAACGAUCAAUACUUUCCUUUUAUCAAAGGAUGGCACGUAUUGCGAACUUAUGCAGUGUCAUGGGAAUGAUCCAGAUCCCAGAUUAUGAUCCAGAUCCCACAUAUGAACUCACCACAGAUAAUGUUAAGAAAAUAUUGGCAAUUCACAUGCGAUUCAGGUUAGUUUUUAUUUAUCCUGGCUAAUGUCAACAUGAUUGAUAAUUGAUGAUUAAACAUUGAUGUAUCAAUCAAAAUUUUCUAACCAUGUAUGCAGCAAGGAAUAUUUUAACUACGCACUUCAAAGAAAUUUUUGUUCAUUUACUGAUUGUGUAAUCUACUUGGAAGUAAAUUAACUAGCUGCUUAUGGCGGGUGAUGUGUGUCAAAAUUCAAUAACACAUUUGGCAAUGAUAACGUAACAUUUUGCUACAAUAAUAACACAUUUGGCUUCGAUAAAGUAACCUUUUGCUACAAUUUUGUGGCUGUGUCUUGUUAACAAUAACAAAACAUUCAUUAUUAACAAUAACAAAACAUUCAAUGACAAAGUAGGCCUAUUGCUUUGCAGCAACAUAAACGUAUUGUUUUAAUAUUUGGCAACAAUCGUACAUUUGGCAACUACAAUCCCGUGAUGCAAUUUGGCACUAGUUCCAAAUGGCGCGAAGACAGUGCAUAAAUUGCGCGUAAUUAUUUUCGCGACAUUGAAUUACAUGUGCUUUUUAAAGUAAACAUGGCGGAAAACGGGAGAGCUUCGGCGUCAGGUGAUAUUCAGUCAUCUCUAGUACAGGCUAGAGAUAUUAUUGUACAGCUACUGGAUGGUGUGGCCAAUUUGCCACAAAAUUCAUCUGCCAACACAAUUUCAACAAGAGCGAUAUAACCAACGCUGGCAACACAUACCGAGAAUUCAUCAAAUAUUCAAAACCAGCAUUUGGAUACCUGUCACCACGCAAUCGAUGAGCAUCGACGUAUGUUUCGGUUUUGUGGGCAAUCUGUCGGUAAUAGUAACAUACGAUCUUCUGGGAAACGAAACCGAUACGGCGGGAAAAGUGGAAAUAGUGCGAAGGCGAAGACAACGAAAGGUGCGACUUGGACGCAUCAUGCCUUUGCUUGCCUUGCUAAAAAAGGCCACGUCCUCUUACCUUCCCCUCAAGAAAGGUACGAAUUGAAAUCCGCUGAUCUUGGUGAAAAGAAAAUAACAAUUGAAAUUUACAGAGAGGGAUUUGACGAUCUAUAUAAGUUUUUUUGGAAGAAUUUCCACUGCUAUUAGAUGCUCGUGAUAUCGAGUUGAUGAGAACGGGUUUUGGGUCCAAAAGCAAAUCGCUAGAGGCGAUUCUUGUUUCAUGUGGUUCUGCAACUUAUAGUAUUGAGAAUUUAAAAGACGUUCUUCAGCAAGCAAGCAAAGUGUUACGUCAGACGAGGUAAUCUUAAAAGCAGAUAUACAUGCAUGUAUUAUGGUAUAAAUAUACUUGAUUGCUAAUUUGCUAUUAAUUCGAUAACUUGAAAAUGAACUCCACAGUUUCCCUAGAUGCAUUUGAAAGGUCUGCACCCUACUGUAGCAGGUAGCCUCGUUUUCAUGACAUUCUUACUAUUCACUGGUGUUGUUGCAUAAGGUCAAUAGGGAGUACAUGGCUAAAUUUGUACUCCCUUCUAAUGUCCUAGUUUAUAUUACUCUUAUCAUCACAAGUAUAUUUCCGCUGUUCCUAGGCUCCCUCCACUGGGCAGCAGAAAUUGUCACCUCCGCUCUUGCCAUUUUAUUAAUUUAUUUGGGUUUUUUUUAGUACUAUAAGUACCAUGGGUAAUGUAGUUUCUGCACUCUGUUGCUGGAUGCUUGAUUUGCAUCCACUAAAUAUACAUACAACAUUUUAGUUACUGCUAAUUAUUUCUGCUGUAAUUAUUACAAUUAGAAAUCAUGGCCAAGUGACGAGUGAAGAUCCUGCGACAAAAAUGUGCCAAUACUUCAGUUAAAAAUGCACAUAAUGGAGUGUGAGAAGAAAUAUAAUCUUGAGGUACUGUAGUUAAUGGUUAUCGAUUUGAUAUGUUCUCCUCUAUAGGGAAACCUUUGCAAAACAGACAACUUUGGACCGUUUAAUAAAUGUAAACAAAACACGCGCAUGAGCAGAACGGACUUGACAGCCUCUUUAAUGUUAGCUGUAAUGCAUCCAAAUGAUGCCUACUAUUUUUCUGUUUAUCCUUAUACAAUUAUCACAGAAUAAGUACACACAGAAGCAUGACUUCAAUAUGACGCCUAUGAUUUGGGCGUAACCGUUGCAAUGCUGACUUCAUGGGCCAGUGUGCGUACGAGAGGCAUUCACUCCCUGUAAGUAUUGAAAAUGGUGACUAUUCAGGUAAUGAAUGCCUCUCAUAAGUGCACUGGCCCAUGGCAUCUUCAUUUUUAUGACGAACCAUGGCGUAGCAGCGAUUACCCUAGUUAUAUACUUCUGCGUGGUAUCUAUUCUGUGUACCAUCGUGGUGAUGGUAAAAUGCGAACUAAUCAGGCCUGUCGUGCCCUUAAAGCUUAACAUAUUUCCUGAUCAGUUUAUGGUAACCAUCAAUGUGCCACAAGGAAUGAGAUCCCCUGACAGAAUACUUCCUUCGGUAAACUGCAGCCAUCCAUCUAACUGUCGUACCUUCAAGUGCCCGAGCACCAUUCUAUAGCCAUAUUUUGGAUGAUGAUUUUUUAUCUCAACAACUACACUGUCUAAUUCUUCGUCAGCUAAUGCAAAAAAUGGCUGGGACGUAUUUAGUUCUUGUUCGUGCAUGCGUCGCCUGAUUGUACUUAGUGAGAUUCCUGGCAUGUUGCUUAUUUGAACAGCAGUGAAGUUAUGUUCGAUCAAAUACUGCAGCUGGUCUACCUGGCGCUGACCUUGGGAUGAUUCCCAGUGUUUCCAGUCCGUAAUUUUCAUUAUUUAAUAGGACGUUGUAUGACAUCUACGAGAAGUUCGAACUAAUGUAGCAAUUCGCUGUAAAUUUCGGGAUUUCGUGCCGUCAGAUUUGCUGGGCAUCGAUAAAGGUCUUCAGAAAAAUCGCGAAUACGAUCAAUAACAUCAUCAAGCUCUGUUGAAACGCAUUCCGUUACAUCAGUCAAUAACUAGGGUUCGUAGCGGUCUUUGAAAUCCUUGAAAGUCUUUAAAUUUGAAUGCAGGUCUUUAAGGUCUUUGAAAAGUCUUUGAAUUGUGUGAAAAAGCGAGGAAAGUCUUUAAAAGUCUUUAAAUUGUUUAGUGAGGAAUUGAUUAUACGAUUUCCUAGCUAAUAAAAUAGAUUGAUUGAAGCAAGAUUUUCGCAAAUAUCGACGAAAAGACGCAUUUUAGGAUGUGAUUUGACGGAACUAAAAAAGGUGCUUACACUCGCAAUUUUUCGACUGCUGAUUGCUCUCAAAGGUCUUUGAAAAGUCUUUGAAAAUAGGCAGAAGAAAUCUUUGAAAGUCUGAAUUUUUUCGGUCUUGGAGACUACGAACCCUGAUAACAUUUCCAAUCCCGUUAUAAGAGCAGUUCGUACUCCGUUUUCUUCGAUGUUCGUGAAAAUAUGUGUGAAAAUAAUUACGCGCCAUUAAUGCACCAUUUUCGCGCCAUUUGAAACUAGUUCCCAAUUGCAUCACGAGGUUGUAAUUGCCAAAUGUACGAUUGUUGGCUAAUAUUAAAACAACACGUUUAUAUUGCUGCAAAGUAAUACUUUGUCAUUGAAUUUUUUGUUAUUAUUAAUAAAUGUCUUGUAACCGUUACAAAAUUGUAGCAAAAGGUUACUUUAUCUACGCCAAAUGUGUUAUUAUUGUAGCAAAACGUUGCAAAAUGUUACCUUAUCAUUGCCAAAUGUGUUAUUAUUGUAGCAAAAUGUUACGUUAUCAUUGCCAAAUGUGUUAUUGAAUUUUGACACACAUCACCCGCCAUAGUUGCGUUCACAAUUCAAUGUUUAGACAUUCCAGUCUAGCUGCUUCGUAAUCCCUAUUCAAAGGUUUAUUGUUUUUAUACUUAUAUUCCCACUGCGACCGCCAUAGUUGCGUUCACAAUUCAAUGUUUAGACAUUCCAGUCUAGCUACUUUGUUAUCCCUAUUCAAAGGUUUAUUGUUUUUAUACUUAUGACCCCACAGCGACCAUAAAGAUCGUCUGUGCUUUUCCACCUAAUGAUGGUCUGCCUAAACAAAUAUAGCAUGCGAACAGGCUCUCAAGCUGAAUUGAGAGCCUGCAUCGAUGACUAAUGAUUUUGAAUAUCUGCGUCUCAAAUCGUGAUGCGAAAUUCUCAUUGGUCAGAUGCUAUAAUUUAUAUGUUUCCGCUGAGCUCUAUAUAUGUCAACUGCUGAAGCAGCACUGCAUAAAAAAAAAACACAUUAACUGAUCAAAUUAGUUUUGGCCAUCUUAUCUCAAAGCACGAAAUGUUCUGUUUUGAGAAAACAGUAUUUAAAAUAUUUGAACUUUUGCUUGAAUAUCUUAUAUUUCGAAAAACAGUAUAAACUGUACGGUCUAAAUUUAGUUUGCACGGUCUAAAUUUAGUUUGCACAAAAGUUGUAAACAACACCAUAUAAGGAUAGCCAUUCCAUAUUUGGAAAAACGAACGUUCCGGGGCAGAUAUUCAAAUUCAUUAGUCACCGAUGCAGGCUCUCAAUUCAGCUUGAGAGCCUGUUCGCAGGCUAAAACAAAUACUAAUUUCUGUACCAUCUCUGCGGUGUUAUUUUAUUAACUGGAAAUAAUAGAUUAAUUUUAUUUUCUAGUUAUCUAAUGUGCUUAUACUGACUGAGGACAUACUGAGAUAUAUGUUCGAUAUACCAUACAUAUACCAUAUAUUUUUUAGAUUCGGAAAAUUAUGUGACCAGGGGGCAUCCAUUUAGUAAGUACACACGGGAUGAGGGAGAGGGGGUGUGAUUGAUGCAUAUUUGCGUACAAAGGGCGUGGGAACAAAACCAUUCAUUCGUAUGUAGGCUACGCAAAAUGAUUUUUUGCGAAUAGAAGUAACUUUAUUUCAACAAAUAAAGUACUUUUCAGUGAGGUAUCAGUUGAACGCGCGUCACAGAAGUUUGAAGACACUUGAACUAGAUAAGGCAAACACGGUCAGAUUUGUCACCAUGCACGCUUGAUUUUGGAAUAAGGUCUAACCAAAAUUAUAAUGAAUACGGUAAAGGUAGGUCGGAAAAUGCAUUUUUUUAAACUUUUUCGUUUGGAAUUGGUCGGCAAUGGCUAUUCGUGUGAUCGUUUAGCAUUGCCACAAUACAUAAACAUUUGAAGAAGCAAUAAGUCUUUUUUUGUCUUGCUGUGUCACAAGCAAGCAACGAAAGCGAAACUAGUCGGUAUAGGUAAGCAAACUACCAACCACAUCCAAAAGAAAACAUUAGGGUCGCCAGUAGAAAAGAAAUUUAGCGUAUGUACGAAAUGGAUGCCUCCCAUAGCUUGUUUCAAUGCUUCAUUGAAGCAAAAGGUAUAUUUUUAUUUCAAAAAGGUGUGGCAUACCAGUAAUUAUCAUGGGAGAGACAGGAUGUGGCAAGACUCGUCUUAUUAGAUUCAUGUGUGAACUUCAAGCUGGACCUAAUGGACCGAAAAAUUUGCUUCUCAUGAAG